AUGGAAAUCAACAUCGAGACGGCCAUACGAAUACUACCAGUGAAACCGAAUGGCGACAUAAUCUGUGUGCAUCCCAACACUUGUAACAACACCAUUCAGCUAGGAAACUCCCAAACAUAUCCAGUCAAUUAUGCACUGCCCCAUGAAUGCACCCAGAGCGGGUUGUUCAACAGCGUCGUAGCGCCAUUGUUAAAUUUUCUCCUCGAGGGAUGUGACGUCUCUAUAGUCACUACAGGACAACCACAAGCAGGAAAGUCAUACACCCUAGUUGGGCCUGGUUUUAACUGUGCCUCAAGUGAAUAUGACUAUGGAAUCAUUCCAAGAUUCAUCAGAGAACUCUUCAUCAGAACUGAAAAGAACAAAGAUAGAAAUUUCACCACUCAUAUCACAUGGUCUCAGAUUUGUGGUGACAAUGUGCAGGAUUUGUUAUCCUGUGGAAGUGUGGAAUGCAAAACAAUCAGUGAUGCAUUUGAAUUCAUUCAGUUGGGGAUGACAAAUAUAGCACCAAAGUGUGCACACACUUUGUUUACUAUUACAUUGGAACAGCAGUGGGUAAUGGACAAUUUGAUUCAGCACAGGGUGUCAACAGCAAGUUUUGCAGACUUGGCAAGUAGUGAGAAGAUACUUGUGUUUGACAAUGUUGGAGCUCCACAGAGUAUUCCAUCAGAUUCAGGUUUGUUAGCACUGCAGAAGUGUAUUAUUGCUCUCACCACACCCAGUCAGUACCCAAUUCAGGUGCCAUAUAAUGAAUCAGUUUUGACUACUCUACUAAAGGACUCAUUUGGUGGACGCGCAAAAACUUUAUUAAUUGGUUGCAUUUCUCCUUAUUUGAAAGAUUUGCCUGAGACUUUCUAUACCCUACAAUUAGCUACUAGGGUACAAAUGAUUAAAAACUUAGUCACUAUUAACUCAUACACAAGCAAUGAUACUGUACAAGAGCAAUUCGACGUGUUUGGUUUACAAUUUGCUGCGAAUCAGUUGUUUAAACUGGUUGUGAACGCUGAAGAAUUGUUUCAAAAGCUCAUUAUACAAAAUUGCCUUUCACAAGCGGACAUGGAGCAGAUCUCACAAUGGCUAAUGCUUAAACAAGAGUGUGAAGAAUGCUUGAGUGAUACUAGCGAACCAAGGAGAUCUUUGGAGCGUAUUGAAGAAGAAGGUGAGGCUGAAGAUAGUAUCGAAGCAUCUGAAGGUGAAGACGAAGAAGAGGAAAGUGACAGCGCUGAUGAAGCAGAGAAUGUUCAGUAUAAAUUACAAGCGUAUUUGAGCACGUUUCGCAUGAAUACUGAGAAAUUAAUUGCGAAGACAAUCAUUGGUAAUGUUCUUCCAAGCGCGACCAAAGAAAGCGCUACAAGUUCAACGAACAGUUAUCACGAGAAAGGUGCGCGCGGUAGGCGUAAUAGCAUACAUUCGGUGGAAUUGGCGAAUAAUCAGAUUACAGUCCCACCGAAAAUCGCUGAAGAUGAAAGUGUCGGAGCUACUAUCGCCGAAGUCGACAACGACUCAAUUGAAACUAAGCAGAAACACCUUAGGCAGAUUCAAGUGGAAAUCCAGGGCUGCCAGAAACAAAUCAACGAAUUAGAGCACACCAUCACCAUGAAGGAGAAGUUAAAAGCGCAGUUGCAUAAGCAUCGAAGUAUCAAAACACACGCGAGGGAUAAAAUGAAACAAAAGUUGGAAGGUCUGAAACAUCAGCAUCAAAAACUGCAGACGAGAUUAUUGGCGGUAACUGGGAAUGAUGCCGAAGAGAAAGAAUGUCGCGCAGAGUUGUCGGACAUUGAACAAAAGAUUUGUGAUAUUGAUUCUAUAAGGAAUAUAACUGAAGAUAGCACAUGGAGAGUGUCCGAAUUGGAGAAUAGUCUACACACUUCUCGGAAACAACUUGAAAAGUUAAAGAAAACGAAGCGAAAAGAAGAAAAGAAACGAUUAAUACUCGAAAAUGAGUUGAAAUCGAUGCCGCGACGUCCAGCGAGUAACGAAAACUGUCUGGUGACUUCAAACAACUGGCUGGAAGUCCGCGGGGAUAUUACUACACCCGUUGAUGAUCUGGAAGCUCUUCGUCAUGAGAUACGAAAUUUAAGACGCACAAGAGAACUACUCAUUGAACAACGAUGUAAGUUUGAUGGUAAAUCAAGUGUGAGGAGUAUUAUCAACGAAAUUGAGGAGCGUAAAAUGAUCCAGUACGAAGAGGCGAUUGAAGCGAUCGAUUUAGCAAUUGAAUAUAAGAAUGAAUUAAUGUGUGGGCACGAGUUGGUCAUUGCAACCAGUCAUGAAAUGACCGACAAAGUUCUUUUGGAACGUCUCAUGAAACUCAAAGAUCACGAGAUGCGCGUGCUUCUUCAUAAGUAUUUUGACAAAGUUGUAGAUUUAAGAUACAGUAGUAAGAAGUUAGAGGUGCAGAUGAUGAAUACUGAAUGUCAGAAUGAGAAUUAUCUCACGAGGAUUCAGAAUCUCAGCCAUACGUUGCAACAAGUUCGUUUAGACUCAGAAAAACGUAUCAUAGCAAUGCAGCAACAACACGAAGAUAAACUAAGUGUUGUUAUGCGACAUAUCGCCAAUGAUGACGGUGGUAGUCGAGUGGUUUCCAGGGUGUUGGGUCAGUCGAAAACUGCGGCUGCUGCGCUUUCGAUGCAAGUUGCAGGGGCGACGAGUAAACACGGAGACAAGGGCAGUUUUAUUGCUAGAUUUUCAAGAAUUGCUACAGCUAGUAGGCAUGACGCACUGUCUAGACAUUUGUUGGCUACUUCUGCUCCCAAACAAGCGAUUGUUGAUCGGCAAAAGAAUAAGAUUAUUAUUACUCAAGCGAAAAAGUGAUUGAUUUUUAGAUUUUAAUCGAAUUUAACUCAUUCUGUAAAUAAUCUAGCGAGUAAUCAUAACCAUUGUAUUUAAAACAAAUAUUAAACCCAUAUAUCAACAA